AUGGAUCGGGAAAAAGUUUGGGAUGGAGAAGAAGUUAAGGAGGGAGAAAUGAUCAUGGAUGGAGAUGAACUUAAGGAAGGAGAAACAUCCUUCGACGUCGAAAAGGGACGGCGGCGACAAGAAGAAAUUAAGGAUGAUGAAGAAGAAAGUAAGGAUGGAGAAGAAGAAGUUAUGGACGGAGAAGAUGUUAAGGAAGGAGAAGAGACUAAGGAAGGAGAAGAAGUUAGGGAAAGAGAAAAAGUUUGGGAUGGAGAAAAGUUAAGGAUGGAGAAGAAGUUUGGGAUGGAGGAGAAGAAUCGAAGUAUGGAGAAGAAAUUAAGGAAGAAGAAGUUUAGGAAGGAGGAGAAGUUAAGGAAGAAGAAGUUUUGGAUGGUGAAGAAGUUAUUGAUAAAGAAGAAAGUAUGGAUGGGGAAGAAGUUUGGGAUGGAGAAGAAUCUACUAAUUAAGGAUGCAGAAGAAGUUAAGGAGGUUGGAGAAGAAGUUAAGGGUAAAGAAGAAAAAAUUAGGGAUGAUGAGGAAGAAAGUAAGGAUGGAGAAGAAGAAGUUAUGGAUGGAGAAGAUGUUAAGGAAGGAGAAGAAACUAAGGAAGGAGAAGAAGUUAGGGAAAGCGAAGAAGUUUGGGAUGGAGAAGAAGUUAAGGAUGGAGAAGAAGUUUGGGAUGGAGGAGAAGUUUGGAAUGGAGGAGAAGAAUCGAAGAAUGGAGAAGAAAUGAAGGAAGAAGAAGUUUAG